AUGCUCCACAAUUCAGCGACCCAAGGCGACAACGCAAUGUCUCUUUUGAGCACCUAUCUUUUGCAAGGAUGGGUCAUGACAGACGAGCAUUGUCGAGUACCUGAUUGCCCAGUACCCAUUAUGCGAUCAAAGGACGGAUCGAUCCGAUUUUGCGUCACCCAUGAUACUCUUCCCACGGGUUCGUCAAAGUCAACAGCACCGGCCCAACCAUCCCAAUCACAACAGCAACAACCACAACGUCAGGAAGAAGAGGUGGUAGCAAAGGAUCCAUAUGCUGCAAGUGGUCGCCGCUAUGAUGAUGAUGCCGCUCGUAUUCAAUUGGAAAGACGAGAACAAUCCUCAAGAGCUUCUCAACUCAUUGGUCAAAAGAUGUUGCAACGUUGGACCUUAUUGAAUGAGACUUGUCCCAAUCCAGAAUGCUAUGCUGUACCUUUGAUGCGGGACCUCUCCAAGCGUAUGGUGUGCGUCAUUUGUGAGCGAACUUAUUUGACAGAAGAACAAGCAGCUGAGGCAGGUGCGAAUAUUAAGCAACAAGAGCAAUCAACACCAGCAGUCGCAAAGGAAAAGCAAGAACCCAACAAGCAACAAUUAGAACAUCACGUCUCGAAGCCUGUUGUGGAGGAUCAUUCAAGUCUUUGUGAACAAGAACAUCCUGUUGUACCAUCAUCCACACUCCCUGAAACAGCUUCUUCCGUUACGGAACCUCUUGUCCAAAAAAUUCACGAAUUGAGUCAACGGGUGUCGGGUACCAAGGAUGCUAUUGAGUUGAAACACUUGUUUGAAGCUAUUGAAGCGGGUGCCAAUGCAGUGAAGGCUUGUAGAUUAGUGAACAUGUAG